UUGCACCCGGACCGGAGGGGGAGGCCCACUGCUACUCUGACCAGACAUCCAUCGCAUCCUUCACUCCUCCUCACUUCUUGUUGAUCUCAGCUGAGGCAGAAGAGGCAGCAGCAGCAGCAGCCAUGCCAGGUCUACUGUCAUCCUCCUCGUCCUCCUCUGCUGCUGCAUCCUCUUCAUCUGCCGUGUUUCAGAAGCACAAGGACCUACAUGCCCAGUACGACGCGCAUCUCCAGGACCUCCGUUCUCUACAACAGCAAGCUCUCGAUGAGCUGCCCGAUGAGCUCACAGAGGAGUUUGAGAGCGAAGACUUCGAUGGCGAAGAAGUGAGGGAGAGAUGCGUCGCUUAUCUCAAUGACAGAGCGACAAUCUUUCGUUCAUUGCGGAGAAGCGGUUACAAGCCUCCUGCUGCAUUCUCUCUGUUCCAUUCCACUCUACGAUGGCGUCUCAAGACCGACCUUGACUCCCUCUCCCUCGACUCUCUCCAUCCACUUUACGUUUCACCACCCAAGAAGCUCCGCAGACCGCCGCUACUAUGGCUCAAUGAUCGCUUUGUAGACACUCUCGGCAGGCCAGUAGCUCUCAUCACUCUCAGAAGUCUGGAAAGACCAGACGAGGGAGGGCUAGGGGAUGUCAAGGAGUAUAUAGCCGCCUGUCUGGAGGUGGUGCGGAGGAGGAUAGCAGAGCUCAGACCAGAAGGCUCACGGUCUGCGGAUGAGGCGCAACCAUCAGCAUCAUCGUCAUCUUCCGCUCCACCUCUCCAAUGUUCCUUCAUCUUCGACCUCUCUUCCUCCAACUCCUCCAAUUUCGAGCUGGAGCUUCUCCCCUUCCUCCUUGAUCUCCUCAAGAACCACUACCCAGGUCUCGUCUCUUCUGUGCACGUGCUCAACUUCGGUUGGGUUCACUCUGGUAUAUGGGCUCUUGCAAAGCGUCUCUUGCCUCGCAAGGCCCUGGAGAAGGUCUACUUUGUCAACAAGACGGAAAUUGCAGCCGAGGGCGGGCUGUUUGAGGCGGGGAGGCUGCCCAAGGAGCUGGGCGGAGAAUGGGAUAUCGGCCUUGAGGCUGAGACGGACGAUGUCGUGCGCCGUCUUGCCCGUCCUCACAUUACUCGCGCUGGUCCUGCUAGUCAUGUCGGUAGAAAGAGGAGCCAAAGUAUCCGCAGUGAGGGAGGAGGAGGAAGUGCUCCCGUCAGCCCAAGCAGGGAAGAGCCUCCACACUCUUAUUCUCAUUCUUCACGCCAGACGAGAGGACUCAGCAGGUCAGGCAGCUUCGACAGCAUUGCCGAGCACUAUUUCAGUGCAGCUGCUACGCCCAGGGGUGGUCAGUCCAGAGCCAUUACGCCCGGAGCUUCAGGACGCGCUACGCCCCUCGAAGACAAGUCCUCUGAACUUCAUCCUCUAUCGAACAGUACUGGCAGCGGAGCCAGAGGAGGCUGGGUUGGAGGAGGUUGGGGAUCUGGUGGUCUCAAGAUGACGGCCGAUGCGGCCAAUAAGCUAAGGAGACUGCAAAUGACGCGAGGAGGCUCAGCGCCAGACACUAAUCAUGCCCGCCGAGCAGACCGUAAUCCAGCUGCGACCACCGAGGCUACCCCUGGUAGCCCUACAAACCUGAAGCGAUCAAGGUCCCUGCGCGAUUUUCGGCUGUGGGAAGAGGGCGAAUAUGAUACUGCUGGUCAAGGUGGAGGUGCGGGGGAGAGCUUCAUUUACUCUCCUGACGUAGACGAUACAGGAACAGAAGUCGAGGAAGUAGACAGCGACGCUAGUGGCAAAGCCGGCGAGACGUCCACUGCUGCCAGUACAAGUCGUGGAAAGACGGGCAAGAGCGGAGCUGAUGCAGGCGCUUCCACAGCUGGUCGAGGCUUCUUCGAAAGAUGGCGAGGUCGGGGACAAUCGGAAGAAGAGAAAAAGGCAGGAGGCAAUGCCACUACCGCUCAACAUGGUGUCAGCGCUUCCUCCAGUGCACCUCUGGACCCUCACGAUCCGCCACGCUUCCUCUCCCGCCGCACUCGCAAGUUCAACAGAGUUCCAGGUACCGUCUCUCCGUACAAUUCUGCGAAUCCAUUUUGGGGCUAUCCCGCCUAUUUGGUUCCUUCAGAGAGUGGAGUUGAGGGGCUUUCCUUCAACCCAUCACAGCAAGCUCGACAUUGCCUCACCACCCGCAAUGGGCAGCAGUACAACGCCGAGGAAGACGAGGCAGAUGACGAUGAUGAAGGCUCCCGCACUCCUACGGCAGCAGGGGCAGCCCAUCAACUACGUCGUCCUCUUCACCACCGCACCUCUUCUUACGCCAUCUCUGGCCUGCCCGUCAGAGAGCGACAGAUGGCCGUUAGAAGACGAUGGCGCGAUCUGGUCCGCACACUUGUGUACCUCUUUGCGCUCCGUCUCCUCUCUCUCAACCGACAUCUAAAGGGAAAAGUUGCCCGCAGUAUCCAGGGUGUGUGGAGCGUUGUCUCGCACCCGCUUGGAGGGGUUUCGAGGGGUCGUGGUGGUGCGGGCCAGGGAGAGGGCGAGGAUGAAGGGGAAGAAGUAGAGUGGCGUCGCAGGACGGAGCGCUAUCGCAAGCUACGCGCAGCCGGGUCCAGCAAUCGAAGCGGAGGAGCUGCUGGUGGUGGGAGAAAGCGCCCCACGUCGUCGAGUCGCUCGCGCUCCUUUGGCUUGGGCAUGGGCAUGGGUGGAGGCAGUACCCCCUCUAGCUUGACGCUCAGUCUGCGCAAGAGGGAGAUGGCGUGGAUGGUGUUGGUGUUUGCGCUGACUGCUGUUAUUGCCACGAAGAGGGGUGGUGCGGGAGAGGCGGAUAGGAGGAGGAGGAGGAUUGCGGCUGCUGGUGGAGCGUAAGGAUAGAGGCCAAGGGGAUCCUACGGCAGGUGGUGACGGCGACGUUAGGAAGGGUGAGGGGCCCAAGACUUUGGCAAAGUUGCGGUGGAUGUCCCAUUGAAUCACUGCAUCAGAGGUGUGGAACUGCAACUUAUACCAAGCACAAUUGUAUUACUGUGACCCAAGAAAUAUCGAGAGCUUCAUCUCGCCAGC